UGUUGCUAGUCGCAAAAGGUCAAGAGUUGCUCAAUUGGCAACACUGCCCAUAGUUGGGCACAGCCAUUUCACUCAGAUGUUAGUACCCACAAUGCACCGGGUCUGUUACAACAACAAUACGCCAUUUCAGGAACCAAAGACGCAGAGAUUUUCUUGGAAUUAGGUCAAUUUAGAAACAGUAACAGAAGACUUGACAUCCACAUUUGUGGAUUUUAUGAGUGGGUCUUUUUGCGUAGUCCCCAAUGCGUGUAAUUGGACGUGCGUGAAUACAAUUUUCUGCUGAAGUGUCAGCAAUCAUAUUUUCACUGGGAACAGCGAGUUUUUUAGCCCUACUGUACUGUAGCAGUUCAAGCAGUGUAAAAGAAUGAAGAGGGUGAAGGUCGAAGAGAAUGACAGUGGUGGCCCCUCCAGCAAUGGCCCAGCGAAGACACGCAAAAAGGCAUGGCAGCAGCUGAGAGAGGAAGAGGAUGUCUUCAUCUGUGACUGGACACGUCUUCCUCAGGAGAUGUUACUCCACAUCUUUCAGUAUCUGCCCCUCUUGGACCGGGCAUUCGCCUCGCAGGUGUGCCGUGACUGGAACCAUGCAUUUCACAUGCCAGAACUGUGGAGGUGCUUCGAGUUUGAGCUCAACCAACCGGCCAGCUCAUAUCUGAAGGCCACGCAUCCAGACCUCAUCAAACAGAUCAUGAAGAGGCACUCCAACCAUCUUCAGUAUGUCAGUUUCAAGGUGGACAGCAGUACAGAGUCAGCAGAGGCAGCCUGUGACAUCCUGUCCCAGCUUGUGAACUGUUCUUUGAAGACUCUGGGUCUCAUCUCCACAGCCAGACCUAGCUUCAUGGAACUGCCUAAGUCUCAUUUCAUCUCAGCUCUGACUGUGGUGUUUGUCAACUCCAAGUCCCUGUCCUCCCUGAAGAUUGAUGACACGCCAGUGGAUGACCCGUCUCUGAAGGUGCUGGUGGCCAAUAACAGUGACACUCUGAAGCUGCUGAAGAUGAGCAGCUGUCCCCAUGUCUCACCUGCAGGGAUCCUGUGUGUGGCCGACCAGUGCCACGGCCUGAGAGAGCUUGCGCUCAACUACCACCUGCUGAGUGACGAGCUGCUACUGGCCCUGUCUUCAGAGAAGCACGUGCACCUGGAGCACCUGCGCAUCGACGUGGUGAGUGAGAACCCGGGACAGCAAUUCCACACCAUCAAGAAGAGCAGCUGGGACGCCCUGGUGCGCCACUCGCCCAAGGUCAACCUGGUCAUGUACUUCUUCCUCUACGAGGAUGAGUUCGGACCCUUCUUCUGCAAUGAGACCCCCGUAACCCACCUCUACUUCGGCCGUUCCGUCAGCAAGGACGUCCUGGGCCGGGUGGGGCUGCACUGCCCCCGCCUGGUGGAGCUGGUGGUGUGCGCCAACGGGCUGCGGCCCCUGGACGAGGAGUUGAUCCGCAUCGCCAAGCGCUGCACCCAGCUAUCGGCCAUCGGGCUGGGCGAGUGCGAGGUAACCUGCAGUGCCUUUGUGGAGUUUGUAAAGAUGUGUGGCCGGAGGCUGUUGCAGUUGUCCAUCAUGGAGGAGGUCCUUAUCCCGGAUCACAAGUACAACCUGGACGAUAUCCACUGGGAGGUUUCCAAGCACCUGGGACGCGUCUGGUUCCCCGACAUGAUGCCCACCUGGUAGAGGCCUGGCAGCCAUUGAACACACAAAUGAGGCCACAGCCAUCAUGUUGGUACCAGACAUUAGAAGGGCUGUCACUGUUUACUAAGGCUUCUCCCUAGUUGGAAUGUUAAAAAGUAUGGAAAGUGCCAACAAGGAAAGCGUUUUGCUCAUUUCCUGAACUCUGCGUAUGGCUCUGUGUUAGAGCUAAAGCAUCCUCCUUCAAAGAUGAACUGGGCAAAUAGCCUAUGUAAUGCAGGUCGUCAAAUUUUACAGACAGAUACUUUACUAGAUGGUGAAACAUUUUAAAACGGCAUCCAGCAACCCUGCCUUGGAGGGCAACAUAACUACAAGUACAACAUCAACUUGACAUGGCAUUGCACUUUUCUGAGAAAAUCACCAGCUGGCUCCAUCCACAAUCAGUCACUACUACAGGAGGCAACUGGGGCCUUCAGCAGUGGGGUUUUUCAUUACUGUGUUGAAUAUUUACGGUUGUUAAUGUUAAUUCUUGAUGUUUGUUUUUUGGUUGUUUUAAAAGUCUAUGGUAGGGUUAUGUACCAAAACCCGGUGCUAAUAUGACACCGGUACCUAUAUGACCGGUACUGGACCGAAUCAGAACGGUGUUUUCGGUGCCUCAUUUUGGUGCCACUUAGGAUAUAUACUUGAGCUGUCAAUUGAAAUAUUUGCCCUCUGGUGCUCCAAAACAGACAUAAGAAGCAUCAUCACAGCACAUGAUCGCUGGUUGAAUUAUACUGCAUCCAUGUGGUGUCAGAAAUCUUUUUUGUUGGCUGAGAACGGAAAGUCAAAGAACAUGGCAGACAACAGUGAUUCAUUUUUUUUAUAUAUAAAAAAGGCGCUCUUUAAUGUAAUUUACGUCGUUUUGUGGCAUUUUUAACUAUUGGUUCAGACACCGUUUAGGCAACAGAACCGGUUUGGCACCGGCAUUGGCCGGGUUUCCCAGAUUCGUUAAGAAGCUCUUAAUGCCAAGAGCGUCUUAAGAACGUUCUAAGGGCGCUCUAGAACGCUCUUAGAACGUCCUUAAGAAGAUCUUAGCGUUAAGAGCUUCUUAACGAAUCUGGGAAACCCGGGCAUUGUAAAAACCCAAACGAUACCCAACCUUAACGGACACUGCCGCAUAGUCCUGGACAAUGGACAACCUGGAAUGUAAUGUGUAUAGCUUCUGUAAAGGACAUUUAUCUAUUAUGUAAACUUAAACAAAAGUUUGAUUAAGUUGGGAUAUUCUAUCAAUCAGGCUAAACUUGCCGAACAAUGGUUUUCUAUACACACAUGCACACACAGUACAAUGCAGUACAAAGUCUUUAGCACAAAAAAUAUACAUUUUACAAAGAAAUUAGGAAAAGAAGAAGGUAAACAAAUAUUUUUUCAACAUUGCACUUUUAUACUGCAGCACAAAUACUAAAGUCAAGAAAAUACAUUUUUAAGAGAAUAUUCAUGUAAACCAGGAAUUUUUGCACAAUACUGUUAAUAUCUAUUUUUUUUUUACAAAAUUUAAACUAUAUACAAUACAGAUACUUUUAUUUUGCAUUUAUUUUGUUUCAAACGUAAUACUAAUGUUUUAAUUACAAACUGUAUCUGCUUGAUAAUUUGAGUAAAAAGUUGUCAUUGAAAAAUUCUAUGUAUUUGGUAUGUCCCCCUUUUUUGCUUUAAUGAUAGCGUACAUGGACUCCAAGUUUAUGCCAAAAACUGAUGACCCAUGUUAUCCUAGCAUGAUUCUCAUGAUUCUCAUGUCAUGUUGGCUCUCGCAUACUUCAAUUCCCCCAUGAAAUGUUCUAUGUAAUCUCUUGUACAUAAAGUACUACUACUGUAGUAAUGGUAAAAGUUAAUGCUGUGAUUUUAUAUGAUGUCCUUGUUUUAUGUUUAUUUUAUGUUUAUUUUAACCAUGUACAGCGACUUUGAGAACUUUGAAAAGCGCUAUAUGAACAAAAUGUAUUAUUAUUACUGUAUAUGUAUGGUGAAACUGGUAGAUUAUUAUGGUGUUUUAUUUUUAACUAUGGUUAAUCAGUAGCCAGUGUUCUGAAGAUUAGUAGAGGUGUCUCUUUCUGAUUGCUUUGAUGGCUUUUGUUUAGCUUGUUUGGUCCUCGACCUUGUUUCUACCCCUCAUACUCCAGUGCCGUAGUAAUUUGAUAAAAUACCAUUACAAAAUGAAAAAUAUAUGUACAUAUGAAACUUGUAUAAAUAAACAUGCCUUGUUAGACGUCAUGAGUGAUGCAAUUUUAGAUUGACCUUCCUUUGUUUCCUCAAGACUAGGAAUUAAUUGACCAUGUAAUCCAUGAUAAAUUGCGAUGAGAUCUGCUUGUAUAAAUAUCUUACCAAUAUCUUACCAAUGGUAUUAUGUCUACCGUUAGCAGAGGUCUAGUGUAAUGUUAAUGUAGUUGCCUUUACCUCCUACAGUCAGACGGCUGUGAUAACACAAGUUAAGAUCUUUAAUAUUCCCUUAUUUUGUAAGGACCAGAAGAAGCCCUUUGUAAGAUUUCUGUUUGUAUUCUAGAUGCAUUUCAAAUCUGUCCAUUGUCUGCAUUGGUAUAAAUAGUCUGUAACACAUAAUAUCCAAGAACAGGUAUUAUUUACUUUAAGUGUACUUAGAAAAUUGAGAAUAAUCCAACUGAAACUUUACAUGCAUUGGACAUUGGAUCUUGUAAUAAAUAUGGAUGGAUGUACCAGGAUUCAUCUUGGAUAUAG